GCCGCCCAGAAGAUCGCUGGCCAUGAUUAAUGCCUUCGUUUCGUCAUGGGCUGCGCAAUGGAUACUCGCAACGAUGUCUCCUCUCUCAUCAUUCAACCCCGAGGCGGAGACACCUCAGCAUUCGCAAAUGUGGCGGCUGCACAGCCCUGUCCCGUUCAGCCCAAACAGUUUCAUUCGGAUCCCUCGGCCAUCAUCGCUUGACAACGCUUUCAAGGGCAUCUCGUGGCCGCGAGUCAGAAAGCUUGCUUCAUCCAGCCCGCCUGCAAGAGGAGCUUGGCCAACGGCCACCAACCAUUGGUUUAAGUCUUGCUCCUGGUGAACCCAGACCUGAGGUUUGGUGGCUCAAAAAGACUCGGCGUCGAGCCAUGGCAUCGGCUGCAGUCCCCAGUGUUGUGGGGAAACCAAGAUCUUACCCGGAUCUCACAAAGCUUGUGAUGAUCCCGUCGAGAUUCGAGCUUGGAGAUGCAAGUAGUGAGCGCACGGGUCUUCAUGAAAAGGGAUUUCAAGGGAGGGACCUGUUUGUUCGGACUGUCUAGUUGUCGAAGCUGGCAGAGGGGGCUCUCAGGCUUGCCAUAGCACAGCAUAGAUAAUUUCAAAAAGUUGCUCCAAUGAUAUGGACCUGCUUUGAUGCUUG